GGCUGCAGCCAUCCCCUCCACAAGCAGGGCUAUGCUGGGCGCUGCCCUGACUCCACAUCCUGCUACAGGGGAGCUGCAAAAACCAGGUCUGUGUCCCCGGGACUUCACACGCUGCCUCCACCAGGAGCCCCCUCUCUGCACCAACGACUCAGCAUGUCCCGGUUGGCUCAAGUGCUGUUCCCACGAGUGCCGCCUCCGCUGCAUACCCCCGGCAGAAGAGAAGCCCGGUGCCUGCCCCGCUGCGGCCCCGGAGGGGCUCUUUUACCCCUGCUCCUUUCGGUGUCAGGAGGACAAAGACUGCCUGGGCAGCCAGAAGUGCUGCCCGCUGGGCUGCGGCCCAGCCUGCGUGGAGCCGGCGCAGGACAUCUGCCAUCUCCCCGCCGUGCCGGGGCCCUGCGGCGGCCACGAGCUGAGUUUCUUCUACAAUGUCACCUCCGGGCGCUGCGAGACAUUCCCCUACGGCGGCUGCGGGGGCAACGCCAACCGCUUCGGGACGCGGGCAGCGUGCCGCCGGGCGUGCCUGGGCCACGAGAAACCCAAAACCGGGGAGUGUCCCGUGGAGCUGCCGGAGCUGGAUGGGCCGUGCCGGGAGGAGUGCGAUGGUGACAGCGACUGCCCCAACGCGCUGAAGUGCUGCAACAGCAGCUGCGGCCUCCAGUGCCUGCCUGCAGCGCCAGCCCGGAAGGAUGGAUUCUGCCCGGCCAGCACCGGGCUGUUCCCCAGCUACGACUGCAGAGAGUGGUGCCGGCGUGACGCCGACUGCCCCGGUGAGGAGAAGUGUUGCCUGCAGGGCUGUGACUACGUGUGCCUGCGCCCGGCCCAAGAGAAACCAGGGAUCUGCCCCCUGAGCGAGCAGGCGGCGGGGUCCCAGUGCCAGGACCCCUGUGCAGGAGACGGGCAGUGCCCAGGGGAUGAGAAGUGCUGCAGCAGCCGAUGCGGCCACGUCUGCAUGGCCCCAGAGCCAGACAAACCUGGGCAGUGCCCAAAGGUGAGGCCGCAGCUGACAUCAGAGCCAUGCACGGAGGAGGAUGACUGCCUGCACGACCGGGACUGCCCCAGGCAGGAGAAGUGCUGCUUUUCUGGCUGCGCCAUGCGCUGCUCCCGCCCAGCCAGAGAACACCCUGGGCAGUGCCCCCGGGCAGAGCCGUGCUGGGACCCUCGGCGCCGACGCAGGAACCAGUGCCUAGAUGACAGCGUGUGCAGGCGGGAUGAGAAGUGCUGCAACACAGGCUGCACUUGGGGCUGCGUGGCUGUACCCAGAGAGAGCAGCGGUGGUGCCUCCAGACAGUGCGCAGAGGAGUGUGAGACUGAUGCACAGUGCCUCCAGGGACAGCGGUGCACCCACAUGGGUUGUAGCCAUGUCUGCGUGGACAUCCCUGGGGGGAGAGUGGGAGUGUGCCCCAUCUCCAGGGAUGCCAGCACAUGCAUGGACCUGUGUAGCUUGGAUGAAGAGUGUCCCUGGGGCCAGAAGUGCUGCAGCAAUGGCUGUAGCCAUGUCUGCAUGCCUGCCUCUCUCGAAGAGCCCGAUGCUGCUGUUGUGCCACAGCACGGUGCCAGGCGGUGCCCAGAGCAGUGUGAUGCUGACUCGCAGUGCCCCAGGGGACAGAGAUGCACCCGCACCAGCUGUGGCCAUGUCUGCAUGGACAUGCCCAGAGGUACUGCAUGAUGGGAGAACAGCAGCUCUAUGGCAGGAAGGUGCCAUUCAUGUGGGGACACAGGGCAUUGACAGUCCUGAGCUGACCUGUCCCCUUCUCAC